AUGAUUGUAAAUGAGUCAAUAAUAAUAGGUUCGAUAAACAUUGUUAUGCGAGUAGUUAUAGAGAAUGCGGUGAAAACAUCGAACCUCAAGCCUGAAUCUCAAAAUUUGGUGAAACAUGUAGAAGAUGUCUCUGGAUAUGUACAAAAACUGAAAAAAAAAGCACCUAAAUCUUAUGAGAAAUUUCAAACAAUUAAGAAUAACAUUAUCAGCAAUGACAAUGUUUUAUUACGUGGUGUUACAUUAUUUCCUUUAUUCUGUUUAUCUAGAAUAAAACAAAACGAGAAGGCACUCACGAGAGUUCUAACGGCUUUACCUUUAGAAUUAUUAGUUUAUAAAACG